AUGACUGGUCUGAUAGGAUAUGUGGACGCCUCACACGCAAAUGAUGAAAGAAUGAGAUCGGUAGAGGGCUAUGUUGUCUUCUUCAACGGCACCCCUGUAUCACCUCCAGGGCUGGGCAUGGGUCUCAAAGAAACAAGGAAUCGUGGCGACAUCGAGUACAACUGUACCUAUUACGUAGCGAGUAUUUCACCUAUAUAA